AGGGGCGGUUGGCACGGUUUCCUGGCGACGCGGCGCUGGCGGCGCAGCUUCCCAUACUGUUUUCUUCCUUCCCUUCUUGAUGCGUGAGCGAGGCCAUCAUGCCUUGGCUGCUGUCAACCCCCAAGCUGGUUCCCGCCGUAGCGAGCGCCCGCGGCCUCUCAGGGUGCGUGUCAUGUUCACUUCGGAUGUAUUCCCUCCAGCCCGUCCCAGAGAGGAGGAUUCCAAACCGAUACUUAGGCCAGCCUAGUCCCUUUACACAUCCACACCUCCUCAGAACAGGGGAGGUGACACCAGGACUAUCCCAGGUGGAAUAUGCACUUCGCAGGCACAAACUGAUGUCUCUAAUUCAAAAGGAACCACAAGGACAGAGUGGAACUGACCAGACAGUGGUCCUGCUGUCCAACCCUACAUACUACAUGAGCAAUGAUAUCCCCUACCCUUUUCACCAAGACAACAACUUUCUGUACCUAUGUGGAUUCCAAGAGCCUGAUAGCAUUCUCGUCCUCCAAAGCAUCCCUGGCAAGCAGUUACCAUCACACAAGGCCAUGCUCUUUGUACCUCGGAGAGAUCCCAGUCGAGAACUUUGGGAUGGCCCACGAUCUGGCACAGAUGGAGCAAUUGCUCUAACUGGAGUGGAUGAAGCCUAUACACUGGAGGAAUUUCAACAUCUAGUACCAAAAUUGAAAGCUGAGACAAAUACCAUUUGGUAUGACUGGAUGAGACCUUCUCAUGCACAGCUUCACUGUGACUUCAUGCAGCCUCUGACUGAGGCCAAAGCCAGGAGCAAAAACAAGGUUCGGGCUGUCCAGCAGCUGGUUCAGCGCCUCCGGCUAAUCAAAUCUCCUGCAGAGAUUGAGCGAAUGCAUAUUGCUGGGAAGCUGACAUCACAGGCUUUAAUAGAGACCAUGUUUGCCAGUAAAGCCCCUGUGGAUGAAGCCUUUCUUUAUGCUAAGUUUGAAUUUGAAUGCCGGGCUCGUGGCGCAGAUAUCUUAGCCUACCCCCCUGUGGUUGCUGGUGGUAAUCGGUCAAACACGUUGCACUAUGUGAAGAAUAAUCAACUCAUCAAGGAUGGAGAAAUGGUGCUGCUGGAUGGAGGCUGUGAAUCUUCCUGCUAUGUGAGUGACAUCACCCGUACAUGGCCUGUCAAUGGCAGGUUCACUGCACCUCAGGCAGAACUUUAUGAAGCUGUUCUAGAGAUCCAGAGAGCAUGUCUGACCCUCUGCUCCCCUGGGUCAAGCUUGGAGAACAUCUAUUCUGUGAUGCUGACACUGGUAGGACAGAAGCUUAAAGAGUUGGGGAUCAUGAAGAACAUUAAGGAAAAUAACGCCUUCAAGUUUGCUCAAAAAUACUGCCCUCAUCAUGUUGGCCAUUAUCUUGGGAUGGAUGUCCAUGACACUCCAGACAUUCCCCGUUCCCUCCCUCUACAGCCUGGUAUGGUAAUCACCAUUGAGCCAGGCAUUUAUAUUCCAGAGGAUGACAGGAAUGCCCCAGAAAAGUUUCGUGGUCUCGGUGUACGAAUUGAGGAUGACGUAGUGGUGACUCAGGACUCACCUUUCAUCCUUUCUGCAGAUUGUCCCAAAAAGAUGAGUGACAUUGAACAGAUCUGCAGCAGGGUCUCUUGACCCUCAUCGCAGCCCACAUGCAUCUCAGGUUCCUAAAGCGGGGAAUAUGCUGGCAUCCAUGCAUAUGUGCUUUCUGAGUGUCCGUGGGCAAGUUUACACAUGUCUUAUUUUUGGCAGUGCAGUGGCUGUAUGAAUGUAUGUAAUUGUGUAUGUGUUUUGGAUUUUGUUUGAAGUAGAUAGAAAUUCGGAAAAAUUGCCUUUUCAAAUGUAUGUUAUUACAGCUUUAGUAACAUUAAUUCUGUAGAAUUAAUGACCUGGGCAAGUUUCAUUUUUAAACUUAAAGAAAAGUCUUGGUUACAUAUGUCCAUGCAUUCUAAUUAACAUUUUUAAACGUGCAGAAAAUCUUCCUUCUCUCUAGGUCCCUCCCUCUUACACUUUUGCUGCCAUCCACCUAUCAUAAAGUCUUUGUGUUGCGCUUACAUUUUAAGCUAAUCAUCAAGGUUUAGCCUACAUUAAAAACCACUGAUCAGUAAGUGUGGCGACUGAUGGACUCCAGCCCAACUUCUCCCUACCUAGUCUGGAUCCCGUGUAUCUCCUGGAACCACAGAAGCCCUCAUGAGCACUGGUGUCCUGCAGUGCUACCAUUUAGCCAUGGUCUAGAUCCCAGCAACUCUCACUAUCGAACAAAAUUAUUUUGAGCCUUUCUUGCCAUUUGGUUGUCUGGAGCCUGGAAGGUGUUUAGAGUCUUGCCAGGGUAGGAAAUGGAAGAGAAAGAAAAUACAUAUUGCAUCCACUAGAGAUCCAGACCUCUAUCUAUCUGUUCUUCUCAAUUUAAAGAUGAUUCCUUUCCCAUACAUCCAUUCUUUGUAGGUUUUUAGCACACUGACCCUCAUAGCACACCCUUAAUGCUGCACUAGCAAAGGAGCCUAUCCUCUAAUUAGCCUUUAAAGCCAGAGUAGUAGUACCCAGCUUUCAGAGGGACACCCCUGUUUAUCAUUCUGUGAUUUCCUCUGGCACAGAUAAAAACAAAAUACGGGAUCCACCAAGUAACUGUGAACAUCCUGUGAUCCUUAUCUGUCUCAGUAUUAGCUCUGGCAGGACAGUGGCAGGGAGUCUAUUUCUCCAAACACAACAUUAGAUGCAGUUAUGCAACAGCACACUUUGGAAGGUGAACACGGCUAGAUUAACUACAGAUGGUUUCUUCAGGAGCUUCUGUCAUAGAGGGAAGCUUUAAGAACCAGUGUUUUUGCUUCCUUUAAACCUGAACAUGAGCUCAAAACUUACAAAACAUGUCAAUUGAUAGAGCAUAAAUUUCUUUUGUUUUGUUUUGUUUUGUUUUAGUAUUUGUAUUCGGAAAGAACAAGCUAAGGGAUUAGCACUCCCUGCAGUUCUGGAAGUUUGCUCAUCUUAUCAGGAAAACUAAAGGUACAGAGCCAAAAGCAGACAGGAAAUGAUUUAAUCGAGAGACAAAGAUAGUGUUAUAAACCAAAGUGAUACAAAUGGUAACCUGACAGUAUUGGUCAUGAAUGCUUGGCUUUGAUAACCUUAUCUAAAGAGAUAUAGGAGUGGAUGGCUGCACAACUGGAGUUAUCAUCCCCUGCACCUUCACUGUCUGCCUCCUUCCAGCUUCUCCGUCAUGUGCUAACUUGUUAAAAGAAGAGUGGAAACAAAUUCUUACACUGUACCCUCACUCCCUGGGCCUCUGUGACAACCUUUUCUUGGUUUGGGUUUCCUUUUUUCUUUAUAAUCCCCAAAAUAAGCAAUUUCCUUUUCUUUCUAUAAAUCAUUUUCUGUGGUCUUCAACUUUCUAACUAAAUAGUAGGUAACUUUUACAUAUAACAGCAUACUUGGAUGCAAAACAGAUUUCUUCUGAUUAGGGAAAUGAGAUUUCAGUCAAGUUCUGCAGAAGUUGCUGGUAAUAGUCACAAUGGGUAUUGUGGAAUUUUCUGCUGACAUUUAGUCCCUGAGUCAGGUCUAUUAUCCUUUGAGUCCCAGAUGAAGUGUUUGAAUCAGACUAUCAGAACCAUCCAGAGGUAACAUGAUGAACAUUUCAUAGCAAUGUUUUGAGGGCUGCCUGCUUAUAUUGAGGAUUUGUACAGCCAAUAAUUAUGCACAGUCAGGGGAUCUCAUUCAUUCCUAGCCGUUCCACGGUCCCAGUCCACAUUUCCCUCCAAGUCUAAGUGUAAAAAAUAGUCCAUAUAUACACCUGGCUCUCAUAAUGAAAACCUUAAUUUAAAAAAAAAAUUAUACAAAUAUUACCUCUGGAAUUUUUCAUCCCUGAACUAGGGUUGAAAAGAUAUGGUUAGGUCAUUAACGAUG